CUUCUGAACCUACUGAGCUUGUACGUGCAGGGGGUGGGGCCCCGUGGCUUCCCCCUACGUCUCCAGGCCACCGAGGUCUGUAUCAAUCCUGUGGAGUUCAACCCUGACUUCAUAGUGCGUAUGAUACCCAAAGUGGAGUGGGCGGUGCUUCUGGAGGUUGUGGACACCCUGCAUCUGACCGAGGUGCCUAAAGAACCGACUCAGGGAUAUGAGCAUAACGAGGAAUUUCUGAGAAAGAUGCACCACGUGCUGCUGGAGGUGGAGGUGUUGGGCACCCUGCAAUGCCCAAAGUCAGGACGUCUAUUCCCCAUCAGCCAUGGGAUCCCCAAUAUGCUGCUGAGCGAUGAGGAAACUGAGACUUAA